CCGCCAACGCCACUCGCCAUCCUCCUUCGCUGCCCCUUUCAACCCCUCCGCCUGCUGCCAAUCCCCGCCUCUCACCAAGUCCCUCCCCCCCCACAGCCCGGCUCUCCGGCCUGCGGAUGGCGGCCUGGCUCCGGCUUCGGGCCCUGGUGGCGGCGGGCGGCCCAAGCCGCGGCUACCGGCGGCCCGGCGCUCCGGUGGACAAGCGGCCGCCCUGGCAGUGGCUGCGCUGGGGGUGGCGGGAGGGCGUGGAGUCGUUGCGGCGACAGUGGGGGCUGGUGUGGGAGGAGGCGGCGGCGAGACUGCGGGGCCCUGAUGGCCUCUCCCUCCGCCAGGAGCUGCUAGGCCGCAGCCGCGUCCUCUGGCAGUUCCGCGGCGCCGAUAGCCUGCGGCACUGGGUCGUGUCCAGCGACCGGGACAUCGGCGGCCACAGCAGUGCCCGGCUCGGCGUCGGCAGCAAAGGGUGCACGGCGCUGCUGUCCGGGCACCUGAGCCCCGAGCCGCCCCGGGACGGCGAGACCCGCUACAGCGGCUACUGCAGCCUGAGGUCCAGGCCGCUCAAGGGAGCCUUUGACAUGAAGAAGUACUAUGACUUGUCAAACUUCAACACACUGCACCUCCGUGUUAGGGGAGACGGUCGGCCUUGGAUGGUGAACAUCAGCACCAGCAUGUACUUCACCCAUCACAAGGAUGACCUCUACAACUAUUUUAUGUUCACUCGGGGAGGUCCCUACUGGCAGGAUGUGAAGAUUCCAUUCUCAAAGUUCUUUCUGUCCAGUCAAGGGCGUAUCCAGGACAAACAGCACCCAUUAUGGCUGGAUAAGAUAAGCACCAUUGGCUUCACGCUGGGCGAUAAAGUGGAUGGACCAUUUCAACUUGAAAUUGAUUUCAUUGCAGUGUGCAUUGACCGAGCUCACACUGAGGAGUUUGCUUACGAGCAGUACAAGAGGAACCCUGAGGUGUAAGUAGGGUGCUCCAGACUGAUUAAAUGUGCAGAGGAGUGCCUGCACGUGAUCAGCAAUGAUCCUGUCUGAUAGAGUGGCUGGUGUUUGCCAAGCCCUUUUGAGAACAGUGCUUAAAUCUGCACCCACAGAGAGUGAUACAAUUCACCUGGCCUUGGAGAAGCAAAAGUAUACAAAGAACUUGUAAUAAAGUCUAUCUUUUCUAA